GAAUCUUUGGUAGAUCCUCUUGAAGAACCUUUUGAAGAACUUUUAGAAAAACCUUUGGAAGAGGCAGAACUUUUGGAAGAGCUUUUAGGAUCUUUAUUUUUUUGGCGAUUACUUUUCGAUGUUGGUUUAGAUGUAGAGUUAGAUGCAUUAGAUAUAGAUUUUGGCGUAGUAGAGUUGGACAUAGAUUUAGGUGUAGAGUUAGGUGUAGAAGAGUUAGAUAUGGAGUUAAACGUGGAGUUAGGCAUAGAGUUAGGCGUAGAGUUAGACGUGGAGUUAGAUGUGGAGUUAGACAUGGAAUUAGACGUGUCAGAAUUGUUUGUUUCAGAGUUAUUGGUUCUGAAAUAA